AUGUCUCCUGAUGGCGUGAGUCGAACUCUACUGACGGUCAACAACCAAUUUCCUGGUCCAAAGAUCGAAGCUAUCCAUGGUGAUGUAAUCAGAGUGCAUGUUACGAACUUAUUGGAUGAACCAACCAGCAUUCAUUGGCAUGGAAUUACACAAAGAAAUACGCCGUAUGAGGAUGGCGUAGUAGGAGUCACCAAUUGCCCUAUCCCACCUGGCCGUAGAUAUGUUUAUGAAUUCAAUACUACGGGAAGCUGGGGAACAUUUUGGUGGCAUUCACACAGCGGUGCACAAUAUACAGAUGGAUUGUAUGGGCCGCUAGUUAUUCACAACCCCGAAGCCGAGCCUUAUAUCAACGACUACGACGAAGAGCGUGUACUUAUGCUAUCUGACUAUUACCAUGUGGAGUCCCCUACAAUGCUAAGAGAGUUGCGCAAGUUAGGUGCACUAGAGUCUUUCCCAGACAAUGUCAUAAUUAACGGCAAAAACAAUGUGAAUUGCAACUUGCUUGAUGUACCAGAGGGAAGAACGUGCGAGUCGAACGUAACCAAUAUUGAGUCGCUCAAUUUUGAGCCAGGAAAGCGUUAUCGACUUAGACUAUUAAAUACAGGAACUUUUGCCAACACGAUAUUUUCCAUUGACAACCAUACCCUAACUAUAAUAGAGGCCGAUGGAACCGAUCUUAAAAAAUACACAGUAGAUCGAAUUACUGUUCAUGUUGGUCAACGAUACUCUGUUAUUGUCGAGGCGAACCAAACUCCACAAAAUUAUUAUAUGCGAGCAGAGCUGGAUAGGCAAUGCUUUUAUACACCAGGUGUUGUUUUGGUUCCCGAACUACCGAAAGCAAUUGGUACAGUUCGGUACGUAAAUGGAACGGACACAUACAUAAAAUCAAUGCACCACCUCGAGGACACUGGUCGCCACUGUCAAGAUAUGGACCCAAGCGCCCUUGAAAAUUACUAUCCACAGGCUGCCCCAUCGUACUCACAGUCGAUCACCUUAUCCAUGAGAUUUGGUAAAAACAAAGAAAACGUGCUUCGAGGAUUCCUCAACAAUGUCACUUUCAACAACCAUCCAAAUUCACCUACAUUAUUGAAUAUGUGGAGCGUUCAGGAUAGUCUAUCAGGCGAUAAUUUAAUAUACCACAUCGAAGAACCUCAGUAUAUCCAGGUCGUCAUACAAGGAACACCUACCGGUAAUGAGCACCCAUUCCACUUGCAUGGCCAGGAGUUUUACCUUAUGGGAACAGGAACUGGCACUUACAACUAUACCCAACACGAAUAUCUUUUGAACUACGUAAAUCCCGUUCGGCGGGACGUAGCUACUAUACCUCCACGAGGUUGGGCAGUUAUAAGAUUUUAUGCUCACCCAGGAGUAUGGUUUUUCCACUGUCACAUGGAUUGGCACUUGGAAGCUGGAUUAGCAGUUCAAUUCGUGGUUAUGCCUCAAGCUAUUCAAAACCUCACUAUUCCUGACAAGGUUCUGGAUCAAUGUACUAGUGUUGACUAUGCAUAUACAAGAAGAGCUUACCUGGCUGGUGAAGACCCCAUGCAUGGUGUAUAUAUUGAGGAACUGAAGAAAGACAAGCCAUCACAGGGCUGGGACGAUAACGUUUGGAAGGAGGAACACAAGUUGAUGGCAGACGUGUCUUUCCGUCGUACAAAGCUGUUGCGUGUUGGUGACCAUCGAGACCCAGUAACAAACGCUGUCGAAAUAAAGGGAUAGACAUGGGGUAUUUACCAUGGAAUUGAAGUUGUCAUAAAUGUACAUUUGGGAUAAUAAUAAAUGUCCCUGUUCAAACGGCG